AGCAUGAAUCACUGCUGGUUUGUGUUUGUGUGGUUGCCUACAUGCCAGUGUGUGUGUUUGUGUGCAUGUGUGAGUCAUACAGUGUGGGUCUACCCUUUAAGAGGAGGCUUUCCCUCUCAGUUUGACAACAGUCUCUCCUAGGACCAAGCUGGUGACACAGACGCGAUCUCUCUUCAACUAGGGCUCUAAGUUUCAACCAUGGCACGUCUCGACCAGGUCAUUCCAAACAUUGUGGAUAUAUUUAUGCAGUAUGCUGAUGAUGGUGAAGGCAAAAAAUGCCAGCUAAACAAAGAAGAGCUCCAGAAAAUGUUGGAGGAACAAAUUCAAAGCCCCGAGCUGAAGGAUAAAAUUAAUGCAGAUGAUAUUGAGGAAGCCAUGCAGUUGCUGGACAAAAACCAUGAUGGCGAGGUCAACUUCCGUGAAUUUUGCCGGUGUAUUUGUGUCCUUGCCAAAUGCUACUACCAGAAAAAGAGAGGCAGGGGUGGGAAGAGAGGCAAGGGGAAAGAUGACAAAGACGAGUGCGAUCAAGAAGACUGAGGCAGCUACAAAUAUUAAUAUGUUUAAAAAUGUCUGGUACAUGUGAUGCAUACAGUACAUGCAUAUCUGCAGGCUACUGGGAUUUGACCAUUUGUGCUUUCUCUGUGUUUUAAGUGUGCAUCAUUUCCAAAUUUGUCAUCUUCAUCUGUAUAAACUUGAUUUCAAAAAAUUUCCAUCGCAUACUGAAAAUAAAUAAAACCUAUUAAGUCUGAA